GCGCGCGCAGUUUCCCACACACCCGGAAGCGGAUCGCGUGGAGUGAAGGUCACGCCGUGGCGCGACUGACUGCUGAAGUGUCAUGCUGUGUGAUAAAAAAGCCAAGAAGAGAAGGAAGAGGAAAGCAGAGGAGUCAGGGAUGGCUCUUUCUCAGGGACACUUGACAUUCACGGAUGUGGCCAUAGAAUUUUCUCAGGAGGAGUGGAAAUGCCUGGACCCUGCACAGAGGGCUUUGUACAAGGACGUGAUGUUGGAGAACUACAGGAACCUGGUCUCCCUGGGAGUCUCUCUUCCUGACCUGAAUAUUAACUCCAUGUUGAAGCAAAGGAGGGAGCUCUGGUCUGGUGAGAAUGAAGUGAAAAUAGCAAAAAGUUCAGACAGGAGGGAAGGCAUGAAAGUUGUAAACAAAGGGAGCAGCUGUGCACUGGGAGGCAAUGCAGGAAACAAACCAAUUAAAACACAGCUUGGAGUAUCCUUUCACUUACAUCUGUCCGAACUGGAGAUAUUUCCAGAUGAAAGGGUAAUAAAUGAAUGUAAUCAAGUUGAAAACUUUAUCAACCACAGUUCCUCUGUUUCCUCUCUUCAAGAAAUUCCUUCCACUGUCAAAACCCCUGUUUUUAAUAGGAAUGAUUUUGAUGACUCUUCAUUACUCCUGCAAGAACAGAAAGUACACAUUAGAGAAAAACCUUAUGAAUGUCAUGAGCACAGCAAAGUCUUUAGAGUGUCUUCCAGCCUGACCAACGAUCAAGUAAUCCAUACCACAGAGAAACCUUAUAAAUGUAAUGAAUGUGGCAAGGUCUUUAGUCGUAAUUCACACCUUGCAGAACAUUGGAGAAUUCAUACCGGAGAGAAGCCUUAUAAAUGUAAUGACUGUGGCAAGGUUUUUAGUUACAAUUCAAACUUUGCACGACAUCAAAGAAUUCAUAUCAGAGAGAAGCCUUAUGAAUGUAAUGAAUGUGGUAAAGUCUUCAGCAACAAUUCUUACCUUGCACGACAUCAAAGAAUUCAUGUUGAAGAGAAACCUUACAGAUGUAAUGAAUGUGGUAAGGGCUUCAGUCAUAAGUCAUCUCUAUCAAAUCACUGGAGAAUUUAUACUGGAGAGAAGCCUUACAAAUGUGAUGAAUGUGGCAAGGCCUUCUAUAGAGUUGCACUCCUUGUACGACAUCAGAAAAUUCAUACUGGAGAAAAACCUUACAAAUGUAAUGAAUGUGGUAAGGUCUUUAUUCAAAAUUCACACCUAGCACAACAUUGGAGAAUUCAUACGGGAGAGAAACCUUACAAAUGCAAUGAAUGUGGAAAACUAUUUAAUCAACUUUCAAAUCUUGCACGACAUCGAAGAAUUCACACCGGAGAGAAGCCUUACAAAUGUAAUGAAUGUGGUAAAGCAUUUAGUGAGUAUUCGGGCCUUACAGCCCAUCUUGUAAUCCACACUGCAGAGAAGCCUUACAAAUGUAAUGAAUGCGGCAAGGCAUUCAGACACAAGUUAUCCCUCACCAAUCAUCAGAGAAUCCAUACUGGUGAAAGACCUUACAAAUGUAAUGAGUGUGGCAAGGUUUUCAAUCGGAUUGCACACCUUGCACGACACCGGAAAACUCAUACUGGAGAGAAACCUUACAAAUGUAAUGAGUGUGAUAAGGCCUUCACUCGCCUUUCAUACCUAGCACAACACUGGACGGUUCAUACGGGAUAGAAACUACACAUGUAAUAAAUAUGUCAAAUAAUUUAGUGUGCACUCAAGCCUUGCUACCCAUCUGUUACUCCAUACUGCAAAGAAAUUUGGAAAUGUAAAAAAUAUGACAAGGUCUUCAA